UCACCCAUGCGCAUGAAGCAAUAUCCAAAUGGAUUUUUUGCAGACUAUUGAAUUGCUUAAUUUAUUAAUGAAAAACUAUGUUUACAGACGGAAUCGGAGCCAGAAUCCCCUUCUUUGGUAAUAUUAUUUGUUCUGUUGAGUGCACUCGAUAAACUCAGACCAACGUUUUCCUUCUGACCAAAGUACAUUUGAAUUUAUGCACACAUUUUCACACAAGCUCAUGAUCUUAGUCACAACCUUAAGUCUGUUUCCCAGACUAAAAACCAUUGCAACAAUUUGUAACAGUUCCUAUAUCCUGUUGUGUCUCAGUUUAGCACCAUUUCCCCUCUGCAUGUGCGUUGUACAUGUUAUAUGUGUCAAGACAAACAGGGGCAUGGAUGGUGGAAUUUCCACUCAUAACCACAGCAGUCAAUCAUGUGAGAAGUCCUCACGGUCAAUUUGCUGUUGGCUCUUCACACCAGGUGGUGCACAGCAUCUGUAAUGUUUCUCAGGAGGUUGAGUCAAAUUUAAAAAUAAUUAGUAACAAUCAGAACAUGUUUCAUGAGAGACAUUUUUUCAUUUAGGCGGAAUGCACAACUCUGCUUCCACGCAACUAAAACCGCUUAAGUGUUAAAAGCUGCAGAAUAUAGGCUAACCUACUCUAAUCCCACAGUUUAAAGCUGGAAAGUAGUUAAAGACAAAGGGAUUGAUACUCUGCUUUUGCCCUUGAGUGAAACAAGAGGGAGGGAGAGAGGGACAGAGUGGGAGAGAUGGUGUGUGUAUGUGUGUGUGCAAUAGAGACAGGGACAUGGGAGAUAAUCUCUUUUGUAUUUUUGAUCCCUAAAUGUGGUGGUUGUGUCCCCUUAUCCCAGCUACUUAGUCUCUGCAAUGAGUAAGUGAUGCCAUGCACUUAGGCUGUGAAAAGCAGGUCAGUAUGACCACAGAGAGAAAACCACAUGUGCAUCACAUGGAUAGCCCUGGGAUUAUUCCUCACAAAAUGUCUUAAUUCCUCUGUUCACUAAUGAUCCAGGGAGAAUGCCCUCUAAUCUCCAUUCCAUUAAUUAAAAAGAGCAUGAGCCCGUGGAAAACCUCACCAUCUGCUGCAGCUUCAUUCCUGCAGACAGAUUGUGUUUUCCGUUUAUAACCAGGGGAACAGAGUUUUUUAGAGCAACCGGGUGGAGCAUACAUUGAGGUAGAUGGUAAAUAGAUACAACUGCUCUGCAUGUGUAUUAAUGCACGGAAAUAUGCUGUGGAGAAGAAGAAAAAAACUGUAUAAAACAAGAGGAAUUGCUGCCAGGGUUCUGCAAUGACUUCUGGGAUUUUGAGCUGUUUCCUGAGCCCCAUUUUCCAACUUGCAGACUUCAAACUCCUCAAACCCAAACUAAAGAGGUUAGUUUCACUGAAAAACAUAAUUUACUGCCAUUGCGGGUACAAGUAUUAAUAUAACUGUUUCUGUAAAAAAAAAAAGACCAACCUAUUCUUUCUUUAAUGAGGAUGGUUAAAAAAUAAUUAAUGUAUAACUCCAAUGGAUGAUUUGAUUCUUUUUCCUCCAGUAGAACUAUUUGAAGCUGAUUGUCCUCUCCCCUUUUAUGAACUAACUACAAAUUUCAAUAACCAACAUAAACUAAAGAUGAUAUUGAAUAUUGUAUUUUGCACUGUUCAGUUUAAGUAUGAUCAUUAGUUCAUCUAACAGUUUCUUAUAAAAUUCCAAAUCCCUAGAUUUACAAGUCAACCAUUUCUACUAUCUUGUGCCAUUAUAAACUGCAUUUAGAGAAGCAUUUUAAGAAAUUAAAGUGGGUUAAGAACUGACACCAAACUGUCACAAGUUUUGUGACUCAGAGUAAAUUUGCUGCAGGUACAUUGGUUUAUAUCCGAUUAUGCUAAAUUAUAUAUCUCUUGAAAUGGUGAAACCUUCUCAUAAGAAACUGAAUCAAGUGUUUGACCUGCGGUCGGAGCCUGGAGACUGUGACAUGGAUUUGAUCGGGCUAGUAGGCAGGAAAGAUUAUCCGAGCAGAUGUCGUUUCCCCCCCCUUAUUGGAACAGUAGGGCCAAUAAUAAACAAACGCACACACAGACACACAGAGCGCACACUAAUCUGAGAUAGGCUAGUAGCCCUUGCACAUCCCUUUCUCUCUCCUCAAUUUUCUCUCAGGCAGACAGUCGCUGUGCCAGUCCCGCCAAUGUCAAGUUUAUACCAGACUGUAUUUUCCACAUUUCAUCUGAGCACACUUCAGACACAGUGUUUGGAGUGAGAUGCAGCUUUGCUUCAGCCUACAGAUGGACACACAAGGGGAGAAGAAGAUACUGUUUGGGAAAUGGCACGCAGUGUGCCGUUUUGCGUUGUUCACUUGUGUCUUGGAUGCAGCCUGGGGACAGAUCCGCUACUCCAUCCCUGAGGAGCUGGAACAUGGAGCUUUUGUUGGCAAUAUCGCAGAGGACCUGGGAUUGGAUUUGAACAAGCUCUCUGCGCGCAGAUUCCGGAUAGUCUCAGGUGCCAGGAAGCAAUAUGUGGAGGUGAAUUUAGAGAACGGAGUUUUAUUUGUCAAUGAAAGAAUUGACCGCGAGGAACUAUGUGAGCAGAGUUUGUCCUGUUCCUUUCACUUGCAAGUGGUGAUAGAAAACCCUCUGGAGCUGUACAGGGUAGAGAUGGAAAUCUUGGAUGUGAACGAUAACUCUCCCAGUUUCCCGUGGACCGAGUUUAAUCUGGACAUAUCGGAGUCCGCUGCGCCAGGAUCUCGUUUCCCACUUGAGAGCGCACAGGAUUUGGACGUCGGAUCCAACUCGUUGCGCACCUAUUUGCUGAGCGUUAAUGAACAUUUUCUUUUGGAUAUUCAGACGCGCAGUGAUGGCAGUAAAUUUGCAGAGCUAGUCCUCCAAAGCCCGCUGGACAGAGAGCAGCAAAGUGCGCAUCAAAUGGUCCUAACUGCGGUGGAUGGGGGCGCGCCGGAGAGAUCCGGCACUGCGCAAAUUGAUAUCACUGUUUUGGAUGCAAAUGAUAACGCUCCUGUGUUCGAUCAGUCCUUUUAUAGAGUGAGGCUAGCUGAAAACGCACCUAAAGGAACUGUCGUCAUAAAACUUAAUGCCUCCGAUUUAGAUGAGGGUCCCAAUGCUGAUAUAACCUAUUCUUUCAGUGGCCACGCUCCCCUCAAAGUGCGCCAGCUCUUUAGCGUAGACGCGCGCACGGGUGAAAUCAAAGUGAAAGGAGUGAUAGAUUAUGAAAAGGCCAGGAUGCAUGAAAUUUAUGUCCAGGCUAAAGAUAAAGGCCCAUCAGCUGUGGCUGUUCACUGCAAAGUGUUAGUUAACGUGUUGGAUAAAAACGACAACCUCCCAGAGGUGAUCCUCACAUCAGUGUCCACACCUGUGCAGGAGGACGCGCCCCCGGGGACCGUGAUAGCCGUCAUAAGCGUGAUGGACAAAGACUCAGGUGAAAACGGGAACGUGGACUGUGAGAUCCCCCAUCACGUCCCAUUUCAGCUUCACUCGUCCUUUAAGAACUACUACACAUUAGUAACUUCUGAUUUUCUGGACAGAGAGGCAGUCGCAGAGUACAACAUCACUCUCACUGCCAGAGACAUGGGCUCUCCGCCUUUAUUCACGCGGAAAACUAUCCUGGUUCAAGUGUCUGAUGUGAACGAUAACGCGCCUCGCUUCAAACAGCCCUCAUACACUGUGUAUCUGACUGAGAAUAACGCGCCGGGUGCAUCCAUCUGCUCCGUGACUGCACAGGAUCCAGAUUCUGGCCAAAACGCGUACCUCUCCUACUCCAUAAUGGAUGCUGACAUACAGGGAAUGGCCAUGUCAACGUAUGUGUCCAUAAACUCAGACAACGGGAACAUUUACGCACUGCGAUCGUUUGACCACGAGCAACUUAAAAACUUUCAGAUCACAGUCCAAGCGCAAGAUGCUGGUUUCCCUCCUCUGAUCAGCAACGUUACAGUGACUAUUUUCGUUUUGGACCAGAACGACAAUGCACCUGUUAUUGUGUCGCCAGUCGCGCAAAACGGCUCGGCGCCCAGUGAAGCAUUGCCCAGAUCCGCUGACGCCGGUCACCUUGUCACCAGAAUCAGCGCAGUGGACGCGGACGCAGGUCAAAACUCGCGUCUCUUUUAUCAAAUGCUUCAAGCAACAGAUCCGAGCUUGUUCAGCGUGGCUCUGUACACGGGGGAAAUCAGGACAAUCCGACAGUUGGUGGAGAAAGACCCCACGAGGCACAGACUGGUCAUUCUCGUGAAGGACAAUGGUCAGCCGCCCCUCUCGGCCACAGUUUCCAUCAUCCUGUCAGUGGUUGACAGCCUGCCAGAUUUACAGCCCGAUUUGGGUGACCUGUCACAAAGCCCGCAUCACAGCUCCAACUUCACCCUCUACUUAAUCGUGUCUCUGGGCGCAAUCUCCUUCACGUUUCUGGUGGCUAUAAUCGUCCUGGUUACAGUGCGCAGAUUGAAGGGCAGACCGUCCAACCGAGAGUCCAACUUCCCCUCCAUCAGCGCUUGCUGCUGCUGCGGCUGCUGCACGCGCUCGGACGCAUCCACCACCACAGAGGUGUUCAAAAAGUCCAACCUGAACGUCCGGAUGUCCGCAAGCGCACCAGGCUGCGCAGAGGCAACCAGCAACGGAGCACUUCCGCAGGUCUACUGCUACAAAAUGUGUCUGACCCCGGAAUCAUCCAAAAGUGACUUCAUGUUCCUCAAGCCCUGCAGCCCGGUGAUGUCAGUGCAGCAGAACAACGCCAAGAGCACAGAUUAUCUGACCUCUGGCUGGAGCGCGCUGGACCGGAAUGAGCUGGCCAACAACAGAGCAACGACCCCAAAUGAGCUCAAGUAUUCAAACAAGGACUGGACCUUGACCAAAAACCAACGCAACUUGGCAUACAAGAGGUAUAGUUCAGCCAACAUGGAGGGCACACUAACUCGUCAACAAAAGUACGACGCUGAAGGGUUUUCCUGCCCUGUAGCUCCACAGUACUGGACCUGGGGAAACCACAUGAAAGACUGCAAGAUGUCGCUUCAAGAGGGAGCGGCUCCAAACUACUCAUGGGUUCCAAAGUACACUCAGCCUCAUUCUGAGCCUCCAGAUUAUCAACACAAUGUCUACAUACCUGGCACCACGUCUGACUACAGCACCCUGAAGCUGGCACCCAGAGGAGAGCUGGAUGUGUACAACACCUUCUCUACUUUUGGAAAGAAGAAGAGAUUUAUCUCAAAUUAUGAACAAACUUUUGACAGGGACGACGGCCUCAUAAGCAACGACAUCUUCAAGUGAUUCACCACAUUUCUGAACAUUCUGUGUAUACUAUGCUAUUGACUGGUUUCCACGAAUAACUACACAUUUCUUCUACAGUGUGAGUAGUGUUGUUGGAGGAUGACAGACAGUUUCUCCUUUUUAAGGUGGGAAUUGGUACCACUCCAUACCACAGUAUAUUUUUAUUCUUUGUAAUACUAAAAUAAAGUAAGGAAAAGUCUAGCAUUAAAGGUGUAAACUUAAACACAAGAAAAAAGGUGCUUCUUCAGCAGUUUUCUAUGAGCUCAGGAUUUGCUCUGCUUGGAAGAUAUUGGUGCUCAAUAAGAUCAAAGCGAAUGUCCAAUACAGAAAAGAAAAAUCCAUCAUUUCAGCAUCUUUAAGUCUAUAUAACAAGAGCUGUCCAUGUACCAGGGACAUUUAUAAAGCGGUUGCACCUUAUUUUCAUAUAGGGACAGAGUAUCAUGUUAUGUGUCAAAGAUUUGUAUUUAAGAAAAAAUAAAUGUAUUACUGCUAUAUUUAAAA